CGUUCUAAAAUUACCCACAAUUCCUCCCCCUCCCUCUUCCUUUCUCCGCUGCCGUCAUGAAGGUUGAACUGUGCAGCUUUAGCGGAUACAAAAUAUAUCCCGGCCACGGCCGGCGAUAUGCCAGGGUAGACGGAAAGGUUUUCCAGUUCCUCAAUGCAAAGUGCGAGUCAGCCUUCCUUUCUAAGAGGAAUCCCAGACAGAUCAACUGGACUGUGCUGUACAGACGCAAACACAAGAAGGGCCAGUCUGAAGAGGUGACGAAGAAGCGCACUCGCCGUGCAGUCAAGUUCCAGAGGGCCAUUACAGGAGCUUCCCUGGCUGAAAUCCUGGCCAAGCGGAACCAGAAGCCCGAGGUGCGCAAGGCCCAGCGGGAGCAGGCCAUCAGGGCUGCUAAGGAGGCUAAGAAGGCCAAGCAGGCCACCAAGAAGCCCUCUGCCCCCAGUGCCAAGGCUCCUGCUAAGACUGCACCUAAACAGAAGAUCGCCAAGCCCGUGAAGAUGAACGCCCCACGUGUGGGUGGAAAACGCUAAACCACAGCUUGUUCACCUGUUUAGUAAUAAACAUAUUUGGUCUAAAUUUUGGGCAUGCUUUGUCUUUUAGACCAGACAUUCUUAAACCUGGACCUGGACCCUGGUCUAUGCUGGUUGUUGUUCCAACCACUACUGCAACUCUGAAUUUUAAAAAGCUUUUCAUUGAUCUCUUACUUUUAAAGUUUCUUCAUGGAUGAAUUAACCAUUUGCUCAACAUUAACAGAAAUGGCUAUGCAUGCCUUAAAGAAAUAUCCAAUGUUCUCAUCCCAGCCCCAAGUUAUUUUGAUCAACAAAUGCUUUUAUUUUUUUCUGAUAUUGUAAAUGACAAGUGGUACCUUCAGAAAAGUUGUGCAAUUGAUUAAAUUGUGGACUGAUGGGUGAAACCCUAAA